AUGUUAAAUAUGGAGCCUGUGACAAGUGAAGUAAUGAAGCUGGGGAUGAAGACCUGUUACACGUGUCAUUACUGCUUAUUUUUUGUGUUGCUAACUAUUGUUGAAGCCUUGUUAGCAUGUCCUACACACUGUUCUUGUAAAAAGUACGAAGUUGAUUGCAGCAAUCUAGGCCUCGUGACCAUUCCAACAGACAUUCCAUCAAACAUUAAAUUUCUCUCACUCAGCAACAAUAAGCUCAGCAGCCUACAAGCUCUCACAUUCAGUAAUUUUACCACAUUGGAGAAACUGGAUCUGUCUAACAAUUACCUGGACCAAUUACCAGCAAAUGUAUUUGAUUACAUCAGGAACCUGACUGAUCUCAACUUAAGAAAUAACAGCAUUCGAAGUCUGGAUAAAAGCAUCUUCUACAAGACCACUAACUUGCAAAGAUUGGACCUUUCUGUUAAUGGCCUCUCUCAGAUUCCACUGCUCUUAUUUGAUGAAAUGCAGAACUUGACUUGGUUGAAUCUGGAAGAAAACAGGAUGCCAAAUCUCGAAAGGGAGGCCUUUGAGCCACUUGAAUUUCUUCGGCAGUUGCAGCUUGGUGGGAAUCCUUGGGAAUGUGACUGCAGCCUGAGGGACUUCAAACACUGGAUGGAAUGGUUCCUCUACAAAGGUGGAAAACUUGAUGGAAUUGAAUGUUCUCUGCCGAAAGACCUCCGUGGGAAAGAUCUCAGAGCUGUUCCCAUAGAGAUGUUCAACUACUGCAUCCAACUGGAGGAUGAAAAUAAAUCCUCAGGAAAUGGAAAAGUAGUCACAGGCCCUCCCUGUGUGAAACAGGAGGUCAGCACCCCAAGGCCACAUUACUUUCAUACUUCAGAUUGCAUGAGACAACGCUACCGCCCAGUCAGUGUCAGGCGAGCCAUUGGAACAGUCGUUGUUGCUGGGGUCUUAUGUGGCAUUGUUUGCAUCAUGAUGGUGGUGGCUGGGGCAUAUGGUUGCAUCUACGCCUCCUUGAUGGCAAAAUAUCAUCGAGAGCUUAAAAAACGACAGCCGCUGAUGGGAGAGGGUGAGCAAGAGCAGGAGGAUCAAAAGCAGGCUUCUUCCAUGGCAUGAGGAUUAGGUACAAGAUAGCAUUCAAUGGAAGAAGAGCUUUCUUCAUCAGUUUUCUCCAGCUC